AUGGGGUGGGGUUUUAUGGAGGGUCUGGAGCAGCUCCCUGAUGAGGGGAGAGUGCGGCAGCUGGGCCUGGUUAGUCUGGAGAAGAGCGAGAGAGGAUCUCGUUACCGCACAAUAAACCUCUCACAGGUGACAGAGGAUGGUGCCAGACUCUCCCCGGUGAUGCCCGGCGACAGGACGAGGAGCAAUGGCUGUGAACUGAAACACGAGAAGUUCCACCCCAACACGAAGAAGAGUUUUUCUUCUGCAUCCUACUUGCGGUUCCGAGGUCUGAGUGAAUUGGGGGGACCCUGGGGGCGCUCAUCGCUCUCUACACCUUCCUGGGGGUCCGUCGCUUUCUUCGCCGUGUGCGACGGGCACGGCGGGCGGGAGGCGGCCCAGUUCGCCCGGGAGAACCUGUGGGGCUUCAUCAAGAAGCAGAAGGGUUUCUGCUCGGCGGAGCCGGCCGAGGUGUGCGCGGCCCUGCGCAAGGGUUUCAUCGCCUGCCACCGCGCCAUGUGGAAAAAGCUGCCAGAGUGGCCCAAGACCAUGACAGGCCUGCCCAGCACCUCGGGGACCACGGCCAGCGUGGUGAUCAUCCGCGGCUCCAGGAUGUACGUGGCACACGUGGGCGACUCGGGCGUGGUGCUGGGGGUCCAGGAUGACCCCAAGGAUGACUUUGUCAGAGCUGUGGAGGUGACACAGGACCACAAGCCAGAGCUUCCCAAAGAAAGGGAGAGAAUUGAAGGCCUUGGGGGCAGUGUGAUCAAUAAGUCUGGUGUGAACCGUGUGGUGUGGAAGAGGCCCCGGCUGAGCCACAACGGCCCCGUGCGCCGCAGCACCGUCAUCGACCAGAUCCCCUUCCUGGCCGUGGCCAGAGCCCUUGGUGAUCUCUGGAGCUAUGACUUCUACAGUGGGGAGUUUGUGGUGUCCCCUGAGCCCGACACCAGCGUGCACACCAUCGAUCCCCAGAAGCACAAGUACAUCAUCCUUGGCAGUGACGGGCUCUGGAACAUGAUCCCGCCUCAGGAUGCCAUCUCCAUGUGCCAGGAUCACGAGGAGAAGAAGUAUUUCAUGGGCGAGGCGCGGCAGUCCUGUGCCCGGAUGCUGGUGGGCCGGGCCCUGGGCCGCUGGAGGCAGCGGAUGCUGCGGGCGGACAACACGAGCGCCAUCGUCAUCUGCAUCGCGCCGCUGCGCGAGCGCGGCCGCUGGGACGGGGACGAGGAGCUGGUGCUCAACCUGGCCGAGGGGCCGAGCUACAGCAGCCCCGACAGCAGCAGCCUCAGCCCCUCCCGCUGCUGCACGCCCCCCCUCAAGCUUGUAGAAGAUGACCCCUGGCCACGACUGAACUCUGCUGAGCCCAUUCCUCCCCUCCUGCACAGCAACAUGCUCUCAGAAAAAUACCUGGAGCUGCCAAAUGAGAUUGCCAAAAGCAAUUUACCUUCCUCAGGAGGAACCCCGAAGGAUUCGGCCCCGCAGGAGGAGAAGUGCAGCAAAGCCCUGGCUUUGAGGCUGCAGGAAUCCUACAGCAAUGGUUUGUCAGUCAGCCUCUCCCCUUCCAACUCUGCCAACUCAGGCACGGACCAAAAAGGCUUCAAGGUGUCCCCUAACGGCCCAAGCAAGGCGCAGGAGGCGGAGAGGACGCCCCCGGCCAGCUUUAAGCGGACAUUGGAGGAAUCCAACUCGGGCCCGGCGGUGAAGAAGCCGCGGCGGGGGCUGGGCCGGGCUCCGGGCGAGGGCGCGGCCGCCACCCCGCAGCGCAGGAGCCCGUCCAAGCUGGCCAUGCGGCGCAGCCUCCGCGGGCAGAAGAAGCUCAGCAGCUCGCUCUUCCACCCGCCCAGGAAAGCCGUGUGCGUCUGCUGAGCCUCCUCCUCCU